CCUCCGAAACGAAAGGGACCUCAUUUAUUUAUUUUAGCAAAGUCUUAUCUUCUCAAACCCAAACAGCGUAGAGCAAAUCUCUCUCGUCUCAAUCCUUGGCUUUGGCAGUUGGCACCCAUAAAGUGUUCGAUAAAAUUCCCCAAACCCAAAAUAAAAAUAUUAAAAGCAAAAUUCUCUUUCUUAACCGACAUUGCGUGAAAUCAUACAUCUCAUUCCAAACCCAGAUGGGCCAAACCCAACCCCACUGCCUAUAAUCAUCGCACCCACUUUGAACCACACCCAAUUCUAUCUAUAACAUAGGCAUCUCGUCACCUCCACCUCCAUCCCCAAACCCCGUUUCGUUUUUUGGAACAUUGAAAACGAUUCAAGAGCAACACUAGGCAGAAGAUUGGUUUGGGGUAUCGGACCAUUAAUCCCCUCUGUUUCCUUCUCUUUGUUUGCUUUUUUAUCUCUUAGGGUUUCUUCCUGAUUCUCUUUGAACCAACAUAGCCGCCUGAACCGAGAAUUUUCCCUGCAGAUAGAGCAUGUCCUACCAGCAAGCUUACGACUUUAAUUACAUGGCUGAUGAGGGGGAAAUGGUCCAUUUUCUUGACGACAUGGAUGAAGAAAACCAUGUACAAGAUGAGAACCUCGAUGAAUAUGAAGUGCUCACUAAAGUGACAGAUACUUCAUCUGCCCAAGCAAGAAAGGGAAAAGACAUUCAAGGCAUUCCUUGGGACAGAUUAAACAUAACGAGGGAAAAGUACAGAUUGACACGGCUUGAACAGUACCGGAACUAUGAGAAUAUCCCCUUAUCUGGGGAGGCUGUAGAUAAGGAAUGCAAGCAAAUGGAGAAGGGUGGGAACUACUUUGAUUUUUUCUAUAACUCAAGGAUGGUUAAGCCAACAAUUCUUCACUUUCAGCUCAGGAAUCUGGUUUGGGCUUCUUCAAAACAUGAUGUCUAUCUCAUCUCGAAUUAUUCAGUCAUGCACUGGUCUUCGCUAACUGGAAAUUUGUCAGAGAGUCUCAAUUUUGCUGGUCAUGUUGCACCUACUGAGAAGCAUGCAGGAAAUUUAUUGGAAGGGUUUUCCCAGACUCAGAUUAGCACACUGGCUGUCAAGGAUAAUUUUCUGGUUGCUGGUGGCUUCCAAGGGGAGCUAAUCUGUAAGCGUCUGGACAAAAAGGGAGUUAGUUUUUGUACUCGGACCACUUACGAUGAAAAUGCUAUAACCAAUGCUGUUGAAAUAUAUGAGAGCUUAAGGGGUGGGACUAAUUUCAUGGCAUCCAAUAAUGAUUGUGGUGUAAGAGAGUAUGAUAUGGAGAGGUUUCAGCUUCUGAAUCACAUACGUUUUCCUUGGCCUGUAAAUCACACAUCGGUAAGCCCUGACCGCAGGCUUAUUGCCAUUGUUGGAGAUCAUGUAGAUGGACUUCUUGUGGAUUCCCAGAGUGGAAAGACUGUUGCUUCAGUAGUUGGUCAUCGAGAUUACUCAUUUGCCACGGCGUGGCAUCCCGAUGGGCGUACUUUUGCUACUGGGAAUCAGGACAAAACCUGCCGAGUAUGGGACAUAAGAAAUCUAUCGUCGUCGGUUGCAGUUCUGAAAGGUAACUUGGGUGCUGCACGGUCUAUUCGCUUUUCAGCCGACGGUCAGUUCAUGGUGGUGGCAGAACCUGCAGAUUUCGUUCAUGUCUAUAGCACAAGUGCUGAUUACAAAAAACGUCAAGAGAUAGAUUUUUUCGGAGAGAUUUCUGGGGUUUCGCUAAGUCCAGACGAUGAGUCUCUCUACAUAGGAAUCUGGGACCGGACUUAUGCAAGCUUACUACAGUACAACAGAAGGCAUAAAUACGAGUAUCUUGAUUCUUACUUGUGAUUGUUCUCUUGUCAUGAUUUUUAUUAGAAAAGGAAAAGCAAAUAGAAAGAAAGAAAGAAAGAAAGAGAAAAGAGGGUACCCUAUAGAUUUCACCCCGCACCUUUUUCUAAUUGCAUUUCUCUGUCUACCUAUGUAUGUUGUUGUCUCAGUUGAUUUAAUUUAGAAUAAGAAAAGAAACUCCAGCCUAGAGAACUUAAAUAGUGUGUAUAGUAACCGUUCCAACUUCUACUUUUACUCAAGUGAUUAUUGUCAUCACAAAAUUUCCUUAUCUCACCAUUCACUCAACAUAACAUUAGUGAGCUUGCAAAGGAAAAUGGGGGCAUGGGAUGAGUUUCUUCACCUACAUAGGAAACGGGGCAGAGAGAUAUAUGUUUUUUUUUUUUAAAGUCACUAAUGUUGGUUCAGACACAGUUGUUCUGUUUUUGUCUGAUAUGUGAAUAGAAAAUCUUCAAUAUUUUCUUUUUCUAAUUUUGUGUUUUGUUGUGUUAUUAUAACCACUAUGAUGUAGUGUAUAAUUUAGGAUUUUUUUUCUCUUUCCAAAUCACUGUCAGGUUAAAGUAAUAAAUAUAACUUU